UAAAACGCGCAAUUGAGAAGAAAAAGGGAAACAAUAGAAUAAAGAAAAGGAAGCAAUAAUGGAAAAAGAAAGAUAACUUAAUUAAGAAAGAGACGUAGAGGCAACGCGAAAAUAAAGAGAUUAUACUGUUAUAGAGGUUUUGAAGCCAAAGAUUGCAGCAACUCCUCGUGGAAUCGAAUCCUGUUGAGUUGAAGAAAGAUGGGAAAAGACAAGCAGCACAGUGAUGACAGAGGACUCUUUUCUAAUCUGGCUGGAUAUGCAAUGGGACAUUACCCUCCACACCAUGGUGCUUAUCCCCCACCAGGAUACCCACCUCCUGCUGGCUAUCCUCCUCCAGCUGGAUACCCUCACGCAGGAUAUCCCCCGCCUCCAACCUCAUAUCCUCCGCCAGCAUAUGCAUAUCCCCCGCCUAGCGGAUAUCCCCCGGGAGGUUAUCAUCCGGCAGGCUAUCCAGCUCCUUCAGCUUCUUAUCAUCAUGGUGGGCAUGGACCUAAUGUCGGGGCAAUGGUAGCCGGAGGUGCAGCAGCUGCAGCUGUUGCUUAUGGAGCUCACCAUCUCGCGCAUGGCCAUCAUGUUGGGUUUGGCCAUCACCAUGGAAAGUAUAAGCACGGCAAGUUCAAGCAUGGCAAGUUUGGAAAGCGUUGGAAACAUGGUGUAUUCGGAAAGCAUAAGUUCUUCAAGAGAUGGAAGUGAUUUGCAUUAGAUAAGUCAGUGAUUGAGAUGGCUGGUUAGUGGUUAUGCUGUUCAAUUGAUUGUUAAAAGCACAUAUGUAACAUUGACAUAUCACCUUUGUAUUAUGGAUUUGUAAUAAAAUCACUUGCUGGCAAUAGAAGCCCAUAUAUUCUUUGGGGUGGGCAUGGAUUAUAAUAGGCAAAUUAUACAA